AAGUAUACGUGUGUUUUAUAUAAACAACACUAACAAAGGCAAAGCUAACCAAGAUAGCCAUGAAUAAUCACGAACCGGCGGCAACUGUCGAAUCACGGUCAAACAACCGCCGGCUCGUGCUUUUUCCUAUACCAUUUCAAGGCCACAUAAACCCCAUGCUUCAGUUAGCAAACAUUCUCUAUACUAAAGGCUUCAAGAUUACCAUCAUUCACACCGAUUUCAAUUCUCCAAAUCAAUCAAACUACCCACACUUCACCUUCAAGUCAAUCACCGACGGCUUGUUCAAGUCCGAAAACAGGAGUUUGAAUCUAGAUACUAGUAACUAUGUCAUCAACUUCUUGAACGAAAGCUGCAUCGAGCCAUUCACGGUCUGCAUGGCUAAGUUGCUAGAACUGGAGCCUGUGACAUGCUUGAUCUCAGACGCACUAUGGCAUUUCACUCAGUCGGUUGCAGACAGUUUGAAACUUAAAAGAAUUGUGUUACGAACAAGCAGUAUGUCAUGCAUCCCUGUUUACGCAGCUUUUGUUCUUGGUGAGACGAGCUACUUCAAUACCACCGUUAAAGAAGAGCUUGCGUUGAUGACGGAAAACGACAUAGAAAAGAUUCACAAAGAUCGGUCAGAGAAGGGGAACGAGGAGGUGAUAUGUAGCAUGAUCAAAGAGACAAAGGCGUCUUCGGGGAUCAUAUUCAACACUUUCAAAGAACUAGAAGAGCCGGCUUUUUCAGCCUUAUCGCAAGAUUUUCAUAUUCCGAUAUUCCCAAUCGGUCCUUUUCAUAAAUAUUUUCCGGCUUCAUCUAGCAGUUUAUUAGAACAAGACCGAAGCUCUAUUUCGUGGUUAGACCACCAACCGGUCAACUCUGUAGUGUAUGUGAGUUUUGGGAGUAUUGCUCAGAUGGGUGAAGCUAAAUUUACCGAUAUGGCUUGGGGGUUAGCGAACAGCAAGCAGCGGUUUCUGUGGGUGGUUCGACCUGGUUCGGUCCACGGCUCUCAAUGGCUCGAGUCAUUACCUAAAGGGUUCAUGGAAGACGUAGGUGAAAGAGGACGUAUUGUCAAGUGGGCUCCUCAACAAGAAGUACUUGCUCAUCAAGCUGUAGGAUGCUUCUGGACUCAUAACGGAUGGAACUCAACGUUGGAGAGCAUUUGCGAAGGUGUUCCGAUGAUCUGCUCACCUUGUUCGUAUGAUCAACCGGUUAACGCAAGAUACGUAACAGACGUUUGGAAAAUAGGAGUGAUGUUGGAUGAUGAGAUGAAUCGAGAGGAAACCGGGAUAGCGAUAAAGAAAGUAAUUACGGGUAAAGAAGGUAACGAGAUGAGAAAAAGAUCUAAAUCGCUUCAAGAGAAGGUUAACAAAUCUCUGCGAAACGGUGGAUCCGCGUACCAAUCGCUCGAGAACUUAGUUGACUAUAUCCUCUCUUUCUAGUGUGUUAACUGUUAAGGUUCUUACUUAUUUUAAAAUAAAUGUAACAUUACAAGGUUCAGGUUCUGUUACAAAACUGAAAUAAAGAUUGAAAUGUCCAUUUACA